CAAAGCUGUGUAUGAUUUGUUCCACGACGUAGCAUAUUAAACUCAAAAACGAAUAUUGCGUGAUUGUUUUGUAAUUAAUUACUGCAGAUUGCUAAGCAUUCUACGAAUUUUUCGCAACCUUUUAAAUGAGUUGAAAUAUGCAUAUUUAUGAAUUGACAUAAAACGCGAAAAAGAGUAUGCAUUGAAUUAAUGCGAGGUGAAGCUUACGAGCUGCGCUAUUUUUAUGUUUGGGAAGAAUCAGAGUAAAAAUGAUAUUGUUCUCAGCAAAAAGCUAUCAUAUUUAUUACGUCAUGGAGCUAUAAAGGAAGGUUUAAAUAUUAAACCAAAUGGCUUUGUUGUAGUCGAUGAGCUAUUGACUAAAUUGCACCACUAUACCAUUGAUGAUAUCAAGAGAGUAGUAGAGAAUAAUACCAAACAGAGAUAUACUCUCAAUACUAUUAAUGGUAUUUUAGAGAUCAAAGCGAAUCAGGGUCAUUCCAUAUCUCAGAUUAAUGAAUUGACUUUGAAAGUACUUGACAAUGCAGAAUUUGAUAUAAUUCAUGGCACUUAUUUCAAAUGUUGGACAACGAUAAAAACUGAAGGUUUAUCGCGUAUGAAAAGAAAUCAUAUUCACUUUGCCAAAGGAUUAAAUUUUAUUAACGGAUUGCGUCAAAGUGCAGAACUUUUUAUUUAUAUCAAUUUUGAGAAGGCGAGGAGAGACGGUUUAAUAUUUCUUGAAUCUGAAAAUGAUGUUAUUCUCUGUGCUGGCAAUUUAAAAGGAUUUAUUGAAACAAAAUAUUUCUCGAAAGUGAUUACUAAAUGCGGUCAAGCAUUAAACUUUUAUCGAGAAUAAUUUGUUGAUCUCUUUAUUUUUAACAUAAUUGUUAAGGCACGAAUAUUUUUUCUAAAAGGGAGUAAGAGAAAGAGACAAAUCAAUAUAAUAUAAUAAAUCAACAAUUGUACACAUUGUGC